CUUAAGAGUCAAAUACCUAAAAAAGACCAACAGGAAUUAUUAAAAAAAACAAACAUAUUUUUAUUGAAGAUGAUAAUAAUACAAGUUAGGAAUAAGCUUCUUCUGUUAAAAACUAUAGCAGUUCGGGAAGAUUAUAAAUAACUGAUCAUGCCGUUCAAACAGAUUAAUAAAACGAAGAUAUCUUCCCUCCUUUUGAUCAUAGAAUUUGUUUAAGAUGUAAAAAAAAUGAUAUGAUUGCUCCAAACUUUUGUAAAUUUAAAGAAGUAAAUUAGUUUACAGAUCUAAGCAAUGUAAUUGAUAUUUCAUAUAAAUAUAGAGUUAAGGUAGUGCAAGUAGAUUAAAAUCUUCUAGAGUUUUAAAAGAACAUAUAUAUGGAAGUAAUUUAAGUUGGAGAUAAAGGGAAACAAAUUCAAUCACAAAGUCUAACUAUUUUUCUAUAGGAGAAAAAACUUCUUAAGGAGUCAAUACAAUUUUAAGUUUAGUUAAUAUUGAAAGUGCUCAAUUUAAAAGAAGUUCGAGUUAAAGAAGAAAUAAAAGGAACUCAGAAAGUUUGUCAAUCUCGUUUAGUUCUAAAAUGGAUACAAACAGAAGUAAUUAAUGA